AAAAAUCCAAUAUGGCGGACAAAAGUGAUAUAGAAGGGAAACUAGUGAAUUUGCCUUUAGCAAGGAUUAAAACAAUAAUGAAAAGCUCGCCUGAGAUGAAUCAUGCUGGACAGGAGUCUAUAUUUAUGGUUGCAAAAGCUACCGAGCUGUUUGUUGAAUACCUCGCUAAAGAAGCACACAAGAAAGGGGGAAAGAAGCCUGAAGUUUCCUAUAAAUCCUUAGCCAAAAUUGUUGAUGAACAAGACUGUCUGCAAUUCCUUGGAGAUAUUAUUCCAGCUAAAGUCCUCGCCAAAGACUACCUGGCAUCCUUAAAGAAAUCACAAGAAAAAAAGACAGAAACCAUAGAAAUUGACUAACCAGAGACCAAUCUACUGCCUAAUCUACCAAGUCCAACCACCAAGACCACAAAACCUUAACAGCCAUCUCAACAUAGUUCACUGUUACUGUCUUUCUUUCCUUCAACAACAAUGGAUAGAAAUAUUUGACCAGACAUUGUGGUCAUUUUGUCUAAUGUAAAUAGCAUUGUAUUCAUAUGUUCAAUGAAAUAUGUUUGUCCAAGAUUUGUCAUCUUGAG